AUGGCCUCGGUCGCGGUGCGGACCACCUCGGUGGCCGUCCGCGCCCGACGAGUCACUCCCGUCGCGUUCGUCGAUCGAUCGCCGUCCACGACCGUCACGCGCGGCGCGGGAACCCUCGCUGUCUUCACGCAGCGCAGCGGAUCGCGCACAGCCGCGAGGAACGGGCGGGUCGCGGUGAGGGUCCACGCCGCGAAGGGCGAGACCGCGGCCGACCCCAACGCCCCGCUCGGUCCCAACAAGUCCGCCGCGGACGCCGUCAACAACGGCCUGGCGUGCUUCGAGAAGCGCAGGUACGACGCCGCGGUGAGGAACUUCAGCGCCGCGCUCAAGGAUUUCGGAUCGCCGAGCGAGGACGAGUCCCGAGCGGCGCUGUACAACCGCGCGUGCGCCUACGUCAAACUGCAGAAGUACGACGAGGCCAAGGUUGAUCUCAAGUCCGCGAUCAACGACUACAACCUCAAGUUCUCGGUGGUGCUGAAGGACCCGGACAUGGAGGUGUUCAGGGGCACGCCGCAGUACGAGGAGAUGGCCGCCGAGGAGGUGAAGGGAUUCAGGAGCAACAAGUCCGUCCAGAAGCUCAAGGCGGAGGCGCAGGAGCCGUUCAGGUUCUUCAAGCUCUACGCCUUCGGGGGCCUGGGCGCGGGUGCCUUCAUCGGUCUCAUCAUCAUCCUCGCCCGACUCUCCGCCGCCAUCAAGGGCGGCGACGACGCUCCCGAGCUCGGCGAGACCAUCAAGAACCUCCUCAUCAACAUAGUGGCUGUGAGCGCGUUUGCGUACCUGUUCAGCAACGAGCUCAAGCAGCGCGAGAAGACUGAGUUUAAGGUCGCGCGAGAGGAGGAGCUGGGCAGGCUGCGCAUGGCCAUCGAGGAGAGCAAGGAGGACGUGCUGGUGAGCCAGCUGCGGGGCAACUACAGGCUGUUCAUAAUCGCAGGGAGCGACGAGCACAUCGACAAUGCGAUGGGCCAGCUCGUUAAGUACAAGGCCAAGCUCAAGGAACAGAACGUGGUGAUCGCGACGGUGGACAUGCUCAACGGCGGGGGCAAGAAGAAGGCCAAGAAGGCGCCCGGCGCGGCGAUGGCGGCGCUCAAGGCUGAGUUUGCCGCCGAGCGGGGGGGCGCGGUGGAUGGCGAGGACGGAUCGGCUCCGGCGGUUGCGGAGCCCAUGGAGUUUGGAAAGAGGAGCAAGCGCGCGGAUGUGGCGGUCUCCGCGGCGCGCGUGACCGAGAAGAAGUGGCGCGUCGCACCCCUCGACGAGGACGCGUGGCGCACCUGGAUCGUGAACGAGAUUGAGCGCAACGGAUUUGACCCCUCGGUUAGGGACGUGUUCUUCAGCGUCGGGAAGGACGGGACGCUCUGGAAGAGCGGCGCGGGGACCCCCAACUGGAUGAAGAUCAUCGAGGAGCUACCCACGAGCGGGCUGACUGGCGUGUGA